AAGUCUGCGACUGACACACCACAAAUCUUCGGAUCGAUCACCAAUUUUGCCUUGUUUGCCUAGCCCACCUCACGCUUCCUAGCUGCUUGAGCGGCCGGCUUCAUCGAGAACCUCCGAGUGACUGGCGUGCGGCCCAGCUAUCGACUUGCCGCGCAUUCGCAAUUCCCCCACAUCACUCACUCCGGCAUCUCGUCGCCAUUUUACGCACGGCGGUUCUCACGAUGGCGCGAACGACAAACGGCGGAACCAGCAUGGAAACGUCCAGCAACCAACCAGCGCAGGCGCCGGGGGACAACACCUGUCCCAUAUGUUGGCAGCCCAUCCUGCCCCCGACCGUCGGCCGCGCAGGUCGCGAGGGCUGGAGCGCCCUGCCCUGCGGCCACCGCUUCGGCAGCGUAUGCAUCAAGAAGCACCUCGGCAUGGAGGCCCAUAACGAGCCGCUCUGCCCCGUCUGCCGAAGCCCUGCCUACCACGAGCCAUGCCGCCACCCCGUGCUGCCCUUCGUGCUCGAUCGGAACGGCAACCACCCCGAGCUGGUCAAGGACGCGUUCGGGAAGCUGCGGCACGUCAGAGGCCCGGCGUACCUCGCCAAGGAGCUCUGUGCAUACUGUCUUCCGCCGUCCGGCCGGGACACGGCGCUCCUCCUGGCGGCGGACGUCAGUCGUGUCCCGCCCGGGUCAGCACAAACCAUCGUCGUGAUGUCGGAGCAAGAUCUACUGUCGUCGCCAACCGUGAUCAGGCAAGAUAUGGGCACUUAUCAGGUCAUACGUUACAUUGGAGGAGGAUGGUGGGACGAAAUUGUGCAAGCUCGGUAUCUGGACUGGAAAGACUGGUGGAAUGAGCAAGUGCCUCGGACGGUGUGAUGGUCAGCCGCAUGGGGCUUGGGAGGGAAACGGGAGUUGAACGGGAGUUGAAGUUUACCUCAUGGUUGCUUUAAGGUUAGGGUGCACAGUACGGAGUCUAGCUACACACGGUUACCUUAUUACCUACCUUAGCUCAUUCAACCACUGCGCUC